AAGGACGUCAUACACAGGUAAGAGUUAAUAAAGGGGGAUUUGUAGCUGUUGCAAUUUAGUAGCAGGACAAUUACAGGUUGAAAGUCACUGCUUGGAAAGCUAAGGGUAGGGAAAAGAACAGGAACCAGAAUUCUUUGAGCUUGGCUUAUGGCUCAGCUAUUUCACAGCAGUUUUAAUGUGUCAUAACAUCUCCCUUUUAUUUUAAUACAGAGAUUUAAAGCCGGGGAAUCUACUUAUGGAUCAAGACGGCUACAUCAAGAUCGCCGAUUUUGGGAUGAGCAAAACUGGCAUUGGAUAUGGAGACCGCACCAACACCAUGGUUGGGAGUCCUGCUUAUAUGGCGCCCGAAGUCGUGAUGGAGGAGGAGUACACAAGAGCCGUCGACUGGUGGGCUCUUGGCGUCAUCGUUUAUGAGAUGCUCCUCGGAACGGUAAGCAGAAAUUGCCACUGGCCAGCUAUAGGUGGAUGUAUUAAAGUUAAAUACUGUUCUUUAUCUAUACUCAUUAAACACUCUGUAGAAAAAGCAUGGCCUCCUAAUAAAUACCCAUGAAUCAUUUCAGAGACCUUU